AACUACGACAAGGAUGAGCGCUGGAGCUACUGUCCUGACACAAUGCUUGGCGGGAACUCAGAGGAGCCCUGUAUGUUCCCAUUCAGCUAUAAAGGCAGGAAGUACACAGCUUGCACCAUGGACAAUGGGCAGCGGCCCUGGUGUGCCACCACAAGCAACUACGAAGUGGACCAUAAAUGGAAGUACUGCGGCACGGCAGCUGUAGGGGAAAAUUUGGACAACUCCCCUUGCGUCUUCCCUUUCAUCUAUAAGGACAAGACCUACCACAGCUGUACAGCCAUCAAUGAUCAGAUGGGACGGCCCUGGUGUGCUACCACUCCCAACUAUGAUAAAGACCAUCUCUGGCGCUUCUGCUUUAGCAAGGUCUAUGGGGGGAACUCCAAUGGCCAACACUGCAUGUUUCCUUUCCUCUACAAAACCGAGCUAUUUCACAGCUGCACAAAUGCUGGAGACAAGAAGGGAAAUUUCUGGUGCGCCACAACCCACAACUACAACCAGGAUAAGCUGUGGCGCUACUGUCCAGAUAUCAUCCUGGGUGGGAACGCGCCAGGAAAGAGCUGUGUGUUCCCCUUCCUCUACAACAAACAAAUGCACUACACCUGCAUCAGCGACGGGGAGAGCUCGGAAAAACUGUGGUGCAGCACCACCAGCAAUUACGACGUGGACAAGAAGUGGACUUACUGUUACGCACCAGACAUCGACACGCCCUGUGUCUUCCCCUUCAUCUACAAGAAAUUUAAAUUCUUCACCUGCACCAACCUGGCAGAGGAGAAUGGGAAGUUCUGGUGUUCCACGACAGACAACUACGACCGGGACCAUCAGUGGAGCUACUGCCCUGCCUGAGACAGGUGACAGCCCCAGAGCCGGGAGGAGACAGAAUGAUGACAUUCAAAAUUAAAUUAAAGGAAUGAGCCCCGCUCUAGACACCUGUGCUCUCCCAACAAAGAUUGCUUCUGAUCAACAGAUACCGGUGGCAUAAUCACCCUUGAAUCUGAAUCCAAAUCUGCUCAUUUCUCUAACUGAUUUUAGUAAAUUCAAAUAGAGCAUCUUCUAAAACACAGCAUCUGCAAGUUCUGCAUCUGGGCAGAACGCAAUAAAUGACAUGUCCGUUUCCCUGGGGUGAGGAUGACAACGCGAUGGCUUUUGCUUCUGGUGCAUAUUGGGCAUUUCCCAACGAAUAUAGCUUAUUGGAAGAGUUAUAAAUCCUCAUGCUUCAGGGUUGAAGAUGAUCAGUCUUAGUGAUCAGGAACAGAACAUCCUGGGAGACAGAUUAUCCCACAUUUCUCCAGUACUUUCUCUGAAGCUUGUCAUGCUUCCAUUGCUGGAGAUACUGAACUAGACUGACCUUGGGUCUGGCCUGGCCUGACUAGUUUUACGUUCACGGUCGACACAUUGGAGGGAAAUGAUCCAAAAUGCCCAGUGGAAAUGGCUCCAUGUUCUUCGUGAGGUUGGGUGAAGUCCUGCUCCAUUGACAUCAGUGGCAAAGCUCUGGUCAGGUUUUCACCUCUUAUUUCUAACGUGACAAUAACACACAAUCUGAGUUUUCAGCAGCGCUCAGGUCCUGUCACGAAUCUUUAGGUGCCUUAACUGAUCAUUUCUGUGCCUGCGAAUGGCAAGGGGUCAGAUCCCCGGCUGGCUUCAGUGAGUGUGGGUCACAGGGGCGGCA